CAAUCUCUUGCCACAAAAUAUGGUCCCAUAAUGUCCUUAAAGCUAGGGCAGGUCCCAGCCAUAGUGGUUUCUUCCCCACAAACUGCAGAACUGUUCCUCAAAACCCAUGACACUGUUUUUGCCAGCAGACCCAAAACCCAAAGUCUCCGAAAUUCUUUCUUAUGGCAGCAAAGGUUUGGCCUUUUCUGAGUACAGUGCAUACUGGCGCAACGCCAGGAAAGUGUGCACUGUGCAGCUUCUGAGUGCCUCAAAGGUUGAGAUGUUUGCUCCUCUGAGGAGAGAGGAGUUGAGAAUGUUGGUGAAGUCACUGAAAAAUUGUGCAGAAUCAGGUGAAGUUGUGGAUCUGAGUAAUUUGCUGGGGGAACUGAUGGAGAACAUAGUGUUCAAAAUAGUGUUGGAACGUGCCAAAGAUGAUAGAUUUGACUUCAAAUUGCUGACUCACGAGGUGAUGAACUUGGCUGGAGCUUUCAAUCUUGCAGAUUACAUGCCCUGGGUAGGGUUGUUUGAUCCUCAGGGAAUAACAAGAAGAUUAAAGAAAGCAGCAAAGUCAUUUGACGAAUUGGUGGAGCAAAUAAUUCAAGAACACGAAAGUAAUCCAUAUAAUGAAGAUAAAAAUUAUAAUAUGGACUUUGUGGACAUUUUGUUGUCACUCAUGCACCAAUAUGAUGACUUUAUUAAUAGAACAAAUGUGAAAACUAUCAUAUUAUACAUGAUCACUGCAACAUUUGACACCUCUUCCACAACAAUAGAAUGGGCUAUGUCACAACUUUUGAGACACCCAUGUGAGAUGAAGAGACUUCAACAAGAGCUACAACGUGUGGUUGGAAUGAACAGACACGUGGAAGAAAAUGACUUGGAAAAGUUAUCUUAUUUGAACAUGGUGGUGAAGGAAACACUAAGGUUACACCUAGUUGGACCUUUGCUAGCACCUCACGAGUGUAGAGAAGAUGUUACUGUUGAUGGUUAUUUCAUAAAGAAAAAAACAAGGGUUAUAACAAAUGUUUGGGCUAUAGGACGAGAUCCUAAAGUUUGGGAAAAGGCCGAGAAUUUUUAUCCUACAAGGUUUGAGAAUAGCAACAUAGACGUUCGUGGAAUGGAUUUUCGAAUUUUACCAUUUGAGUCAGGUCGAAGAGGGUGUCCCGGGAUUCAUUUGGGUUUAACCAUGGUUAGUCUUGUUUUGGCUGAAUUGGUUCACUGUUUUGAUUGGGUGCUUCCAUUGGACAUGUCUUGUGAUGAGUUAGACAUGGAAGAGAUAUUUGGACUCACCACUCCAAGAAAGAAGCAUUUGUUAAUUAAACCAGUUUAUCGACUAGUUAUUUAGGUUAAGAAAUGACACUAAUGGAAAGCAAUGUCAUAUGGAUAUAUUUAUCGUUGAUUUCAAUUCCAAUU